CGCGUGUGUCUCGCGGCGGGAGUGUGACAGCAGCUGACAUGCAGCAGCCGGACUACCCGUGGCUGGGAGCCACGCCCAUGCAGCACAUGGAAGCCUGCCUGCAGAACGCGGGCAAGAGCGGCCAGGCCGGGGGUGCGCCGGGCGCAGGGCAGGAGGCUGAAGACCGGACCAUCUCGCCCAGGCCAGACACGUUGCCCCCGCACCCCACGGUGGAGAAGGCUGGUGCUGUGCUUGAGAUGAAGCCACUGUGGGAUGAGUUCAACGAGCUGGGCACCGAGAUGAUAGUGACCAAGGCUGGCCGGAGAAUGUUCCCCACUCUGAAGGCGCGAGUGUUUGGCCUAGACCCUACUGCGGACUACAUGCUGGUGAUGGACUUCGUACCAUGCGAUGACAAGAGGUACCGCUACGCCUUCCACAGUUCCAGCUGGGUGGUGGCAGGCAAGGCAGACCCCAUCUCGCCACCCAGGAUACACGUGCACCCUGACUCCCCGGCUAGCGGUGCACAGUGGAUGAAGCAGGGCGUGUCCUUCGAUCGCCUCAAGCUCACCAACAACCAGCUGGACGACAAUGGCCACAUAAUCCUCAACUCGAUGCACCGCUACCAGCCACGGCUUCACGUGGUGUUCGUGGCCCCAGGAGGCGAGGCGGUGGUUGCUUGCGAGAACUUCAAGACCUUCAUCUUCCCGGAGACGCGCUUCAUCGCUGUCACUGCCUACCAGAACCACAGGAUCACGCAGUUGAAGAUUGCGAGCAACCCCUUCGCCAAGGGCUUCCGGGACUGCGACCCCGACGACUGCAGCGUGGACAUGCUGAGUCACCUGAGCCGGCUGGGAGGCCACCAGCGCCUGCGCACUCCCACCCCCGGCAGUCGCACCGCAGACCACACGUCUCCCAGGAGCAGCUCCUACACGCCUGACUCCAGCUCUCCUGCAAGGGACCGCAAGGACACAGAGCCGCCAGAGGCGCCCGCCGAAGAGACAGCGCGCCGCACACACCUGGGUGUCACCGCGCCGGUAGCACUGCCACCACCGCCCCUGGGUCAGCCCUACCCUGCCGACCUGUGCAGCUAUGGGCCCAUCUACCACCACCACAUCGCCUACCACAGCGGCGGCUACAGGCCAGGCCUGAGUGCAGGCAGCGAGUACCCCAGCCAGCAGCAGCUGUACCCCGCAGGUGCCUACCAGAGCCUGUACCCCGCGGGCAGGUCCACGCACCACCCCGCCAGCUGUCCUGACUUCGCACCCAGGUAGCCGCUGCUGUGCGCCGAGUGUAGCCACCUCACAGCCCGCUUGGCUGUGUAGCGCUUCCUCACGGCUGCCUCAGUGGCCUGCUACUGUGCCGGGAGUAGCAAGAGAACAUGUUGAGAGACCAAUUGUGCCAACUGCUUCUCACACACCCACUUGGUGUAUAACGCUUCAUCACAACUGCUCCAGUGGCCUUAUACUGUGCGGGGAGUAGCAAGAAAACAUGUUGAGAGACCAAUUGUGCCAACUGCUUCUCACACACCCACUUGGUGUAUAACACUUCAUCACAACUGCUCCAGUGGCCUUAUACUGUGCGGGGAGUACCAAGAAAAUAUGUUGAGCGACCAAUUGUGCCAACUGCUUCUCACACACCCACUUGGUGUAUAACGCUUCAUCACAACUGCUCCAGUGGCCUUAUACUGUGCGGGGAGUACCAAGAAAACAUGUUGAGAGACCAAUUGUGCCAACUGCUUCUCACACGCCCACUUGGUGUAUAACGCUUCAUCACAACUGCUCCAGUGGCCUUAUACUGUGCGGGGAGUACCAAGAAAACAUGUUGAGAGACCAAUUGUGCCAACUGCUUCUCACACGCCCACUUGGUGUAUAACGCUUCAUCACAACUGCUCCAGUGGCCUUAUACUGUGCGGGGAGUACCAAGAAAACAUGUUGAGAGACCAAUUGUGCCAACUGCUUCUCACACGCCCACUUGGUGUAUAACGCUUCAUCACAACUGCUCCAGUGGCCUUAUACUGUGCGGGGAGUAGCAAGAAAACAUGUUGAGAGACCAAUUGUGCCAACUGCUUCUCACACGCCCACUUGGUGUAUAACGCUUCAUCACAACUGCUCCAGUGGCCUUAUACUGUGCGGGGAGUAGCAAGAAAACAUGUUGAGAGACCAAUUGUGCCAACUGCUUCUCACACGCCCACUUGGUGUAUAACGCUUCAUCACAACUGCUCCAGUGGCCUUAUACUGUACGAGGAGUACCAAGAAAACAUUUUGAGAGACCAAUUGUGACAACUGCUUCUCACACACCCACUUGGUGUAAAAUGUUUCAUCACAACUACUCCAGUGGCCUUAUACUGUACGAGGAGUACCAAGAAAACAUUUUGAGAGACCAAUUGUGCCAACUGCUUCUCACACACCCACUUGGUGUAUAACGCUUUAUCACAACUGCCCCAGUGGCCUUAUACUGUGCGAGGAGUAGCAAGAUGGCAGUUAAGUUUAACUGUAUUUGUGGAGCAUUAAUACUAUACAUUCACACUGUGUUGUUUUUUAAAAAUACUUUUUUCUUGAUGUCAUUUGAUUUGAGUAAUAAAUGUUUGUCACUCCAUUGAUGGACAAACUGAAUAGUAAUAAAAAAAUUGUUUUACAAA